AUGGUCGAUACUCGUUCCUCAGAAAGUCAGCUUGUGGAAUUCGAACCAGAAAUUGAACAAAAGCUCAAGCAAAUUCGCAAGGAACAAAGGGAACAAAGAGAAGAGAAGGCUAAGGAGAAGAGCGAACAGGAAGAGAUGGCUGCAAACGACAAUAACGAUGGUGCACAUCGAACCAUUCAAGAUUUCUCUAUGCCGCAAUUUUCUUCUCGACAAUCAUGCAUAGUUUUUUCUGAACUUGAUGCUACUUCUUCUUAUGAGAUUAAAGAUUAUGUUAUUAACAUGUUGCCCGAGUUUUCUGGUGAUGAGAACCAAGAUGCUAGUGAACAUGUAGAUAACUUUCUGGAUAUUUGUGGGACACAGAACAACAUUAAAGGCGUCUCCGAUGAGUUCAUUCGCCUAAAGCUUUUCCCUUUCUCUCUCACGGGUGAUGCUAGAACCUGGUUCAAGACUCUGCCAGCGAGAUCAAUUACCUCUUGGACUCAACUUUCUAAUUGGAUGCUGCCGCUGAUGGUAAUAUACUGGGUAAAGAACCAGAGCAAGCUACUACUAUCAUUGAGAAUGUUGUUGCAAAUUCAUCUCAAUGGGAUAGUAGAGGGUUAACCCGAAACUCUGCAUAUGAAGUAAGUUCAUC